GAACAGGUUCCCACCACUUACCACAAAGCAAUCUCUCUCUCUCUCUCUCUCUCUCUCUAAUAAAAGACACUGCAUUCAUCUUGAAAAAAUAGUUUCAGUUCCUUCCCCUUUUUCGGAAAGAUAAUCUCUCUAUCCAAUUCUCAGAGAACAAAAGUCCAACAUCACAGCCUUUCAAGGUUUCUAGUAUUGCUCAAACAAAGCCAACCCCAAAGAAGAAAAGAGAAGUUUCAAAUCCUUUCUUUCUUCUUCUGUAUUAAUCUCAUCAUCACAAUUUUCCUCCCUCACCUCUCUCUCUCUCUCUCUCUCUCUCUCUCUCUCUCUCUCUCUCAUACCCAAAUCGAUACCAUGUAAAGGUAGAACCCAGUAAUCCAAUUUGCUCUCUGAAGGUUACAGUCUUUAUCAAAAGACACAAAUCUGCAAAAAAACACUCAUCCUUGGCUGUCAGCUACAAAGAGUAGAACAAAGUGUUUGUGUGAUCUCUCUUCAACUGCUGCUUCAUCUGGACUCAAGAAUUAGGGCACCAUCAAGACUUCCAUGGAUGCAAUUCCAGCAACAGCAGAGAGCUCCAACUCAGAGAACACCAACAGUAACAACACAACAAACAGUUUGGCUGCAAUCUCUUCCUCUUCCACCUCUUCCUCACCUUCAGUCUCCCCAAGCCGAUAUGAAAACCAGAAACGUCGAGAUUGGAACACCUUUGGCCAAUACCUAAGAAACCAUAGACCUCCACUCUCCCUCUCCCGGUGCAGUGGUGCUCAUGUCCUUGAAUUCCUCCGAUACCUCGACCAAUUCGGCAAAACCAAAGUCCAUACCCAAAUCUGCCCUUUCUUUGGUCAUCCUAACCCACCUGCUCCUUGUCCAUGUCCUCUCCGGCAAGCUUGGGGAAGUCUCGAUGCACUCAUCGGUCGUCUCCGUGCUGCCUUUGAAGAACACGGUGGGAAACCGGAAGCAAAUCCCUUCGGUGCCCGAGCUGUUAGGCUUUAUUUAAGGGAAGUUCGUGAGUUGCAGGCCAAAGCAAGGGGGAUUAGUUAUGAGAAAAAGAAGCGAAAGCGCCCGCCACCACAACAAAUCCCCCAAUUACCACCUCCACCAGGAAGUUCAUAAUCUGAAAAUUUCAUUGAUGUGAUGAUAUGUGGUGAAGGAGAUUGAAUUCUGCAAUUUUUAGACCUACCAAGUUGUGAUUGUUACUUUUGCAAUAUGGGUACCUUGCAUUAUCUUUCAUUUCAAUUAGGUAACCUUAUUAAGUCUAUAUAGUAUCCGUUAGUAUCAGAGAUUGCUGUAGUAGUAGUAGUUGUUGUUGUUGUUGUUAUUGUUGUUAUUGAUGUUGUUGUUGUUGUGGUAGUAGUAGUAGAAGUGUAGUAGUGAGUGUACUAUUUCUCUUAUCUUCUAUGUGAUUGAGCAUCCAAAGUUGCUCUUAGCUUUGUACUUGAAAACUAGUAUAUCUCCCAAGUAAUAGAUUUUCUACUCAUUAUAAAUGUA